UAUUUUCUUAAACUCCGUACAAAAUCAAACCUGACAAACAAAUUGAAAUGGAGGGAGUAUAUAUUAACAUUAGUUGACUGUGGUCCAAAAGUUGGUAAAUUGGCUCUGAUAAAUGAGAAGUGCCAAUGAAUUGAGACAGAGGAAGUAUUUAUUGAUUUCCAUAGAGAUCCAUUUUUUCUCUAAAUCUAUGGCAGAAGGGUUUUGUGCACUGAUAUGUAUGCUUAGUUGUAAAAAUUCAGAGAUAUUGAAUUUGAAGUGUCUUAUUUUGUCAUUUGUGCAGAAAGGUUCAGUUUUUCUAAAGUGUAGAUGGAGAUCGAUAAAGCAGUUAAAGAAUGUGAUGACAGUAGGUUGAAGACAAAGUAUACUAAUGCCAUAUACGUUAUUAAACGAGCACUCGCUGUUUAUUCUAUACAAGAAGUUGCAUUUAGCUUCAAUGGAGGGAAAGACUCUACUAUUUUGCUUCACCUACUGAGGGCAGGCUAUUUUCUGCAUAAAGCUGAAGAAAGUAGUUCAAAAGAUGUUGCUGAUGGUGAAAGCACAUUUCCAAUACGGACAAUAUAUUUUGAGACCCCAAAUGCUUUCCCGGAAAUCAACUCAUUCACUUAUGAAACCGCAUCCGGUUACAAUUUGCAAAUGGAUAUUAUUCGCCUCGACUUCAAAACAGGGUUGGAAGCUCUGCUUAAGGCUAAUCCAAUUAGAGCUAUUUUUCUUGGUGUUCGAAUUGGUGAUCCUACCGCGGUAGGUCAGGAGCAAUUCUCACCUAGUUCACCUGGGUGGCCACCUUUCAUGAGGGUGAAUCCAAUUUUGGAUUGGUCAUACAGAGAUGUAUGGGCCUUCCUUUUGGUUUGCAAGGUUCGAUACUGCAGCCUUUAUGAUCAGGGGUAUACUUCAAUUGGGAGCAUUCAUGAUACUGUUCCUAAUGCACUAUUGUGCAUCAGGAAUGGAAACAACAGCAAAGAAAAGUUUAGGCCAGCUUAUUUACUUCCUGACGGAAGGCUGGAAAGAUCCGGAAGAGUAAAGAAGUACACUUCUCCAGUUUGUGGGCAAUUAUCUUCCGUUAGCAAUGGACUGAAAAUCGAGGAUUUCAAUUCCAAUAGCAUGCUUACUGCCUCAAUUAUAGCUGUGGGUGAUGAAAUUUUGUUUGGAACUGUAGAGGACAAGUUGGGCUCUGUGUUGUGUAGAAAGCUCCAUUCCAUUGGUUGGACAGUGUCGCUGCUUGCUGUCACUCGAAAUGAUAUAGAUUCUGUAGCCGAGGAAGUUGAGAGGAGGAAGUCCACGGAUGACAUGGUAUUUAUAUAUGGUGGGGUAGGUCCAUUGCAUUCGGAUGUCACUGUAGCUGGAGUUGCAAAAGCUUUUGGAGUUCGCAUUGCUCCUGAUGAAGAAUUUGAAGAACAUUUAAGGCACCUGAUUGGUGAAAAAUGCACUGGCGACAAGAAUGAGAUGGCACAGUUGCCUGAGGGUAUUACAGAAUUGUUGCAUCAUGAACAGCUGCCUGUGCCUUUGAUCAAGUGUCGUAAUGUGAUCAUUCUAACUGCAACAAAUGUUGCUGAGCUGGACUUCGAAUGGGCUUGUAUGAUUGAUUCAUUGAAAUCUAAUGGCGACCUGGUGUUGAUGGCACCAUUUGUUUCAAAAUGCUUGGCAACGACUCUUUCUGAUGUUGAAGUCGCUCAACCUCUGUCAAAGCUUUGCCUUCAAUUUCCUGAUCUGUACAUCGGAGGUUAUCGAGGAUCAAGAAUAGGCCCUCUUAUGAUUAGAUUCGAAGGCAAGGAUCUAACUAGAAUAGAGGCAGCUUCUCAGUCAUUGUGCCAGAAUUUUCAGCCUGGUGCAUUCUCUGAAACUAAGUGACAGACUAUCUACUCUGAUGAAGGCAGCGAUUGACGGAACUGCCUAAGUAAAAGGAUUUUUAAAUUCCAUGUCACAAUUUAGGAGGAGGAUGGACAUGCUAAAGGAAGCAGGAGCAACAUUUCAGUUGACAUCAAGACGCAGUUAGAAGCACAUAUUUUUCUGGCAAGUAUUAGUAACUUAGGCAAGGCAAUUUAAGGAAGUGAAGUAGGGUCAACUGAUGUAGGCUUAUUGAAACCUCUGGGAUCUUAACUGCAACUUUAUUUCAGACAUAAUAUUUCAGAAUCUCUUAAAUUCCAUAAAAAAAGUUUGGUAAUUGAAAUGGUUACCAUCUAAUCCUUUUUGGUUUUAUGAUGUUUACAAUUGAUUAUGGAGCACUGGCAUUUUACUGGUUCUGCUACCUUGUCA